AUGGGUGAGGAGGCCAGCUGCAACGCCGUCAGCGUGAUGGAGGCCGCCACCAACGCCAAGCCGGCCAAGGAGAACGGCUGCGCGCCGGCCGUGGCGGCGGCGGAGGCCGUAGCUGCGGUGGUGGCCCCGGAGGCGGCGGCACCCGUGGCCGCGGCCGCGGCCGCGGCCGACCCCCGGCUGCAGGGCAUCUCCGACGCCAUCCGCGUCGUGCCGCACUUCCCCAAGCAAGGCAUCAUGUUCAACGACAUCACCACGCUGCUGCUGCGCCCCGGGGUGUUCAAGGACGCCGUCGACCUGUUCGUCGAGCGCUACCGUGGGAUGCGCAUCGACGCCGUCGCCGGGAUUGAGGCCAGGGGCUUCAUAUUUGGCCCGGCAAUUGCGUUGGCUAUUGGCGCCAAGUUCAUACCGCUGCGCAAGCCUAGGAAGCUCCCGGGUGAGGUGAUCUCUGAGAAGUAUGUUCUUGAGUACGGGACUGAUUGCUUAGAGAUGCAUGUUGGAGCUAUCGAACGGCCUGGUGAGCGUGUGCUGAUCGUCGAUGACCUGGUUGCAACCGGAGGAACACUCUGUGCUGGAAUUAGGCUUCUUGAACGUGCUGAAGCUGAUGUGGUCGAGUGCGCAUGUCUCAUUGGGCUCCCAAAAUUCAAGGAUUUCUACAAGUUGAAUGGAAAGCCUGUAUACGUGCUGGUUGAGUCCCGUGAAUCAGAUAAAUAA